CAGCUCACCAGGCCGUUGGGCUGAAGGUAAUGCUGCUGCUCUGGGGCCAGGGCUUCUGCACAGAUUGCAUGGAAAAGGUGAAGUGAAAAAUGUGGGGCUUAGGGGGAGCAAAUCAGAAUUACUGGCAAAGCAUAAAUCAGGUUGUUGGUGUCUGCAGCAGCCUCUGCCACUGGUUCAGUGUGAGACAGAAAGGCUGCAUAGGAAGUACACAAGGAAGUUACUAUUAGGAUAAUUGUUCUUAGGUGAAUGAGUCCAAGUUGGUUUUUUUUAAAUUGGCUAAACUUGUCUAAAGUACCUAGAAUAAAUAGAAUUGAAACAGUAUCAGGGGGGCUCAGGUGAUGAGGAAGGAAAGAAUUCAGAAAAGAGGAACUUUGGCUGGCUGGGGCUGCAUGUUGGGGGGCCUAGAGGAGAUAACUCAUCUGAGAGAAAGUGUGUCAGUUUUGAACUUGAAUAUAGCCAUAGGUAUUUACCUUUUUAGUGCUGGGUGGAUGGCAGAAAGAAGCUUGAAACCACACUCAGUUUGUUAUAGCAAGAGAAGAUUCCUUGUCGAAUUGAGCAGAGAAUGCUAAUGAAAAAAUAUUUUAAUGACUGACAAAUAAUACAGUCUUGUUGAUUAAACUGUCUCUUGCUAUGCCAUAAAACUUGCAGAUGAAGCUUUCUAAACAUGCUGGAGCUUGUCAGCUCCCUCUCUUUUCCCACAGGGUGAUGCUGCAAAGUUUCCUGUGCUUGUUUCUGCAGGGGAUCCUCAUUGCUGGCACCGAGGAGCAGAAGGCCAAGUACCUGCCCCGCCUGGCCUCGGGGGAGCACAUUGCUGCCUUCUGCCUCACCGAGCCCGGCAGUGGGAGUGAUGCUGCAUCCAUCCAGACAAGGGCAACCCUGAGUGAAGAUGGGAAACACUUCCUGUUAAAUGGCUCCAAGGUCUGGAUCUCCAAUGGUGGCCUGGCCAGUAUUUUCACAGUGUUUGCCAGGACAGAGAUUGUGGACAAGGACGGGCAGGUGAAGGAUAAAAUCACUGCUUUCAUCGUGGAGCGGGACUUCAGGGGCGUCACCCAUGGGAAACCCGAGGAUAAAGUGGGCAUUCGAGGCUCCAACACCUGUGAAGUACAUUUUGAAAACACCAAAGUGCCUAUAGAGAAUGUAAUUGGAGAAGUUGGAGGGGGAUUUAAGGUUGCCAUGAAUAUCCUCAACAGUGGAAGAUUUAGCAUGGGCAGUGCAUCUGCUGGAAUGAUUAAGAAGUUGAUAGAACUGACAUCAGAGUAUGCUUGCACCAGGAAACAAUUCAAUAAGAAACUCAGCCAGUUUGGAUUAAUUCAGGAGAAGUUUUGUUUGAUGGCUGUGAAAGCCUACGUGAUGGAGAGCAUGGCUUACCUGACUGCAGGGAUGAUGGACAGGCCAGGCUUCCCUGACUGCUCCGUCGAGGCUGCCAUGGUCAAGGUGUUCAGCUCUGAAGGUGCCUGGGCAUGUGUGAGUGAGGCUCUGCAGAUCCUUGGAGGCCUUGGCUACAUGAAGGAUUAUCCUUAUGAACGCUACCUCAGAGACACCAGGAUCCUGCUCAUCUUUGAGGGCACCAAUGAAAUCCUGAGAAUGUACAUUGCACUGACAGGGAUGCAGCAUGCAGGGAAGAUCUUAACUGACAAAAUUAAGUAUGUUCUUAUUUAUUCUUAAUAGUUUUAAAUAAACUAAACAGAAUCAGAUAACUUUAUAGAUAAGAGGACAAACUGCAGGGAAUACCUGCAGUAUUUCUAUUUAUUGUCUGUAAAAGUUCACUGUUACAGGGACUCUGUGUUUUUAAUGGGAUGGUUCAUAGAUUUAGGAAUUGUAGCAUUUAAUGCAUUUUAUCUUGGACUUUUACACAAGCUGUAAUUAUUUCUUUCAAGACCAGUAAUGAAUAUUUUGUAUCUGAAUGAAGUUGUAUUGGCACAACAGCUGCAUUGUGCAUAUUGAGUACUGGUCUCUGGAAUUCCUUGUGGGUGUCUUGGAGAGCAGCUGAUGACUCUUAAGGCUCCACAGUUGUUCUCCAGACUUCACAGUAGUGGAUCAGGACUUGGUGCUAAAGUAUUUGGAAUUGCAACUGGUUGUGUCUGAACCUCCUGGAAUUUUUUUUAACAGCCAUUCUUUCCCCAACAUUUCAGAGCAAUCAAGAAAGGAAAUGUGGGAGUGGCGCUGGGGGAGUUCCUGACCAGGUUACAGGACACCCUGGGCAGGAAGGUGGAUCUGGGGCUUGUAGGUGACAGUGGGGUGGUGCAUCCCAGCCUCCAGGUAAGGGCCUCUCUGCUUGUGUGUUUGUUCCCUUUGCUGCUUGCCACAAUUUCAUCUCCUGGUUUUGCAAACCAAAAUGUAUACCUAGGGGCAGUGAGAUUUUUCAGGGUAAGCAGAUGUUGGCACCAUGACAGGGUAAGAAGUUACAGUUAUUGUCCAAGUAUCAAGGGAGGAUGAAGGCUGCUCUAAGCCUGUGUUUAUACCAAAUCCAGUUUUAGAUCCAUUUGGAUAAUUUGUAUAAAUUGAGCCUUCACCAUAUGAAAGCGUUUUUAAUAGCUGCCCUUUGUUAUAAGGUUAGUUACAAAACAGGAGUUUUUCCUGUUUAAUUGGAACAGAGUUUCAGGUCAGAAUGACUGUGAAUUACACAUACACAUACUUGCUUAAUCACUUAGGAAAAGGUUUUUAUGACCAAAAAUGAAUGUUCUGUUAAUAGGAAAAAGAUAAGGUAUAUUUUUCAUGGGGCGUUCUGUUAGUUACUUUUGUUAUCAUAAGCCUAUACUAAAAGUUACUGAGAGUAAACUCCAGAAAAUUGUAAUGGAUCUUUGAGAGAAAGAAAUGUGCCUGUCUGGCUUUUAGCAGCAAGGUGGAUGAAUGUUAAAAAAGAGAAAAUCCAGUAUCCUCUUUAAAGGGGGUGGGGGUAUGUUGCUUUUCUGUUAUAAGACUACUCAAAUUGUUCUAUUUUGUGUUUUGUUUUAUAGGAGAAUGCCAAGAAACUUGAAGAAAACGUUUAUUAUUUUGGAACUACAGUCAGGGGCCUGCUAAGUAGGUUUGGCAAGACAAUAGUGGAUGAGCAGCUGGUGCUGAAGAGAGUGGCAGAUGUGGUGAUUAAUUUGUAUGCAAUGACUGCAGCCAUCUCCCGGGCCAGCCGCUCCAUCAGCAUCGGGCUCAGGAACCAUGACCACGAGGUGAGUGUCCCUCAGCACCAACCAUUCCCACUCAGGCUGUGCUCCUGGCAGCAGGCAGGCUGCAUCUCUGGGGAAUUACAGCAAACUCUCCCAUAAAAGUGCAGCAGAACGUGGCUAAACCUGCCAGAGUGCAGGAGCCUCUCAGGGGCUCUGCUUGUUGAGCUGCACACUUUCAACAUGUUUAAAAUACUUCUUUAACACAUACACAGACAUUUAGAACCUCACCACAACUCUGCACGUUCUCUCAAAUCUGUUAACACCAUGCAGUUCUUCCCAAGCUCUUUCCAUAUAAUCAUUAAUAAAAACACAUAAGCACAACAGUAUUUGGGCAGCACAGCUCAGGUCAGGACAGGACAGUGCUUAUUUAGUAGCUCAUGUAAAGUUUCAUGGUAACAGUGGUGUUGCAGCACAAGAAAAAUUUGCUCCAGAUCAGUGUGAAAACAAAUCCAACGUGAUGAAGGUUUGGCUUUGGCCUUGAGACUUUGCUCUUUGUGUGAGCCCUGCUCUGGAU